AUGGCCAAGUUUCCCGAAAUCGAGGGCGGCGGCUCUCUGAUGCUCGCUUGGCAGAUCCGCAACAAGCUGGUUCUCAUGGUUGGCGGCGGCGAGGUAGCCGCCGGUCGCAUCUUGAACCUCCUCAACUCGGAUGCCAAAAUCCGUCUUAUUAGCCCUCGUGACGGCCUCAACGAUGAAGUCGCCUAUCGCGUCGAACAAGGCCUUGUCGAAUACAUUGACCGUACCUUUGAGCCCUCGGACCUCGACGAUCCCAAUAUUGCCAUGGUCAUGACCGCCAUCGACGACCCAGAAGCCUCGACCAUGAUCUGGAAGCUGUGUAAAGAGAAGAGAAUCGUUGCCAACAUUGCCGAUGUCCCUCCAGAGUGUGAUUUCUACUUCGGUAGUCAGUAUAGAGAUGGCCCACUACAGAUCAUGGUCAGCACUAGUGGCAAUGGUCCCAGAAUGGCAAACAUUGUUCGCAGGAGGAUUGCUGCCAGCUUGCCCCCGAACAUGGGUGAAGCCAUCAAGAAGGUCGGUGCCUUGAGAAAGAAGCUCAGAGUCGUCGCCCCUGGUAACGAAGAGGGCCCCAAGAGAAUGAAGUGGAUGAUCAAGGUUUGCGACAAGUGGUCCCUCGAGGACUUUUGCACAAUGGAGGAGCGCGACAUGGAGGCUCUACUCGAGAGCUAUGCGCCAGAUGUUGUGCCCACUCUCGAGCAAGUUCGCUUAGGUGAAGACCCUGAUGUCUGGCAGUUUGAUGGCUCUUUUGGGUUUGCUGUCUAG